GCGCAGGUGGUCACACUGUUUUUCAUAGGUCAGCACGGAUGCUGAUUUUUCCAAUCAAGGCUUUUUUGGUUUUUAUAUCAAAAUUAGUUGCUUUCAAUAUAUAGAGAAUAUCUCCCCCGUCAAUUUGUGAACAAUUGAACCCUGUGCGCGUGCAUUGGACAAGCUGAAAUCGAAAUCGAGCCCCCUAUUCGGCAAUUUACGCAUUGUGAAAAACGCAGUCGUCACACCUUUGGACAUUCAUAGACACCAAUACCAAUACAACAAGUACAUUAUUCAAAGCAGACAACCAAUCAAAUAGAAGUGAACGUGAACUAAAAGGCAACAACAAAAAAGUCUUAUAAGACAGCUGCAAGUACCGAUUCCGAGUACUUUCCGACGAUUUAAUUUUCGAUUUUUUCGAAGCGAAACUAACUAGCAGAACCUUUUGGAAAUAUUACGCAAGUAUUAUUUCUGGGUAUAUUUGUUAAUAAUCAUGGCUCAGUAAAGAUGAAUCCUCAACAAAAUAUAAUCGUGCAACGGACUCCGUGUGGAGACAAACACCAACGCGAGACGCAAUUUGCUGCCGUCAAUUCGCAGCAAAAGCAACAACAAACAACAUCCUCUUCCUCCUCUACUCAUCUUCCCAUCAACCUCUGCGGUCUUAGCGCAGCCAAAAAUAACUACAAUGGACAACAACAACAAGAAGCAACAACAGCAGCGCACAAACAAAUCAUCUGCUGAAGCUCAACGCAAAUCAUCAAGUGAUUUGCAUGUCAACAAUAACAAGACACGCAAUUCACGACGUCGGGAGCAACUUCCAACACCACGGAACGAGCAACAACAACGCAACGUUAAGCAACCACAGCAGCAGCAACAACAACAGCAGUCGGCAAAACUACGCGUUAAUGUGGACAAACGUCCACGUGCCCGCAACGGCGGCUACGGUGGCAAUGGUAAUGGCAACGGAUCAGGCUAUGGCGAUGGCUAUGCAGGCACAGAUGCGGAUUACGCUAAUGGCGGCGCCGGACUAGCAGCCUCUGGCGCCGGCUACAUGCGUAGCGUUGAUCUUGACUACGAACUAAACUCUGUGUAUGCUCACGGCAGCAAGAAACAGAAUCUGAACCAUCUGUUGAACUUUCACUGUGUGCCACGCGAGUCGCCAGGGGAUUGGCAUGGCACUGGCCAUGGUGGCGCUGUGUCUCGGCGUCAGCCGCGCUACAACAAGGAGCAGUUUCUGCAGGCCAACUUUCAGUUUGUCAUACGCAGCAGUGCCAAGGCACAGGUGAAUGGCUCGCCCGAUGCGCUUAUCGAUUGGCAGCUGAUUGAGCAGAUCAACAUCCAUACGACCGAGGAGCCCCAGUGUCCCAUUUGCCUCUAUCCACCAGUGGCGGCCAAGUUAACACGUUGUGGCCAUGCUUACUGUUGGCCCUGUUUGCUGCAUUAUCUCUCGUUGAGUGACAAGACCUGGCGCAAGUGUCCCAUCUGCUAUGAUGCUAUCCAUGCAGCAGAUCUGAAGAGCUGCACUAUCGAACAGCAGCAGGCGAUGAAUGUGAGCAAUACCAUCAGCUUUCAGCUGAUGCGUCGUCGCAAAGGCUCCAUGUACAUUGAGAGCUGUGCAACAGCAGCAACUGCUCUUGAGCAUGAACGCUUUCCGCUAUUGAGUUCGCUGGAUGAGGCUAAACGUUUCUCCAAGUUUUUGGUAGCUAAGCGCACGGAUGUGGCUGCUAUUAUUGAGCGAGAGCGUCGCGAACUUUUGGCCGAAUCCGAUGUAUCCUGUCCGGAGGAUGUAUUCAUACAGCAGGCGUUGGUCACGCUUAACGAACGCAGCGAAAAACUUGGUUUGGAGCCGGAGGAGCAACAGCCGCAGCAGCCAACAUUGCCGCAGGUGGCGGAGGAAGAGCUACAGCCCAAGACACCGGAUAUUGAUGAGAAACCCGACAAUGCAUCUGUGUCGUCCAACAGCAGCAGCUCCUGCAACACCAUUAACACCAACAAAUAUUAUUAUUUUUAUCAAUCGAACGACGGUCAAAACAUCUAUUUGCAUCCAUUGAAUGUUAAAAUGCUGCAAGCUUGCUAUGGCACCUUGGAUCUGGCUCCAGUGCUGAUUGCUGGGCAGAUAUUACAGAAGGAGCAUCACUCAAUGGAUGAAGAGCAUCGCCGUAAAUUCACUUGCUUGGGUCAUUUACCACUCACAUGUCAGUUUGCUGUGGUCGAAGUGGAUCUGCAGCCUCCUACUAUAUCCAACAGCAUUCUUAAGCUGUUCAAGGAUGAUCUGUUGCAUCGCAAGAAGGAACGUCAGCGUCGUGAGCGUGAAGAGCGUAAGCGCGAGCAGCACAUCAACGAGAUCAACGAUCGUCAGAUGGGCAAACUUAUUGCCAGUGCAGCCAAUUUGAAUCUAAGCUCUACGCAUGAGUUUCCGACUUGUGGCUUUGAGGAGGAUUUGCCAGCACCACGCGGCUCAAUGCCUAUCUCGAUUGCCGAGCCAAGCGGCAUGAGAUACUCUAGCGUAGCUGCUAGUCCCAAGCAAGAGCUGUGGCCCAGCAUUGGCAACACCUCACCAGGCACCUCGACGGGCUCGCGUCAUAGUCCACCGGAGUUCCGGGCGGGUGCUUGGGGACGCGCUGCUCCGCCACCACCAAGAACUACUGCUGCUGCAGUUGCUAGUCGUCCCACACUAGAUGAGGACAAUGAACUGCGUGCGGUCGGUCCUUGGGCAUUGGGUGAAUUACUUGUCGGCGCUUUGGGUCAGCAGAAACAGCGUGGCGGUGGCAAACCGAAUUCAGCGGCUGCUGCAGAUGCUACCGCUGCCAAUAAGAAGCAAAAGAAGGGCAAGAAGAUGGUACCAUUAUUUGCAGUCGGCAUGAACCGAGCUCCUUAAAAACAAAAUACUUUUAUUUUACACACACACAAAUAUGCAUAUUGAAAAGGGAAAUUUUUGUUUAGAUCGAACAUUGCUAUUACAACGUUAUUGCGAAUAACAUUAACCAGAUAAAUCAAGUUUUUUUUUAUUUAAUUAAUCCACACUCAUAUGUAAUUGCAUUAUUAUAUAACAAACAAUAUAUACUCCAAUAAAGGCAGAGAGCAUAGCAAAAUGCACAAUGAAAUAUCUGUUAUGGGAAUAAUUAAAUAAACAAGAAAUGGAAUGGAAUUUCCGUGUUUUCUGGUUGAUUGCAUUUCUGCACCCACACAAAACAAUUGUAUAAUUUAUUUAUAUGUUGCAAUACUCAUGUGCUGCUUAUUAUUUGAUAAUAAUCUAGACGAUUCAAUAUGAGUAAUUGCUGCUGGCAGGCCAAGCCUUAUCAAGCGUAGUAUUCCAAAGCUCAUUUGAAUUCCUGGGAAUCAAUCAAAUAGUCAAAUCGACAGCUCUUGGGGCAUGUAUUUCUACACGUACGCAUUAGCUUUAAUAAUACUUCUCGAACAGCCUUUAAAAUAGAAAAUAUCAUAAGUCGUAUUUGCUUUCAAAUUUUAUUUUUCAAAAAAUAUUCAACAAAGCAUUUUUGCAACUGUAUUUUGCAUUUAUAUUUUUUUCAUUUCUUGUUUUUGUUUGGAUUUUUUGACGAUACGAAUGUGUGUAUUGUUGUUUAUUUAAUAAUGUAUUUUAGUUGUUGGUGUUGUGUUGUUGAACUUAUAGUUAAAGGUGUUACGCGAAAUAAUUUAAUAUAAAUAUAUCUAUAUAUUUUGCUCCUUUUACUUUCACGCACAAUCUUUAAGGCUUAAUACAAAAAAUGAGUCUUCUGCGUUGGAUUUUCUUUUCUUUUUUCUUUCUUUCAUGUUGGUUGUGAAUGAUGAAUGCUGCUCCAUUUGGCUAAUAAAUUGGCUACUCUCUCGAGGCGGGCUGGGAUCGGUAAUUGGUAUUAGGAGCGAGUGCUAGUGCAAACUAAAGCUAACAGAUUACAAAUACCAUUUAGAGCUACAGCUAUAGAAAAUUGCAAUUACUUCUUUUUCGUGUUGCCGGAGAUGGCGACAACAAACUUUGUGUGUGCCAUAUUGCAUUUCGUUUUAAGUUUUUGUUUUCUUUUUUUUCGCACCGAACAAACAAUUUAAUAAAUAUACAAUUAGCUUAAAGAGACAGACAGAGAUAGAGAAAGACGUGAAACUUUUAGACUAGCCAAAUCUAAAAAGGGUUUAGUUGUUGUUGCUGUUGUUUUCCCAACUAAUUCAAUUACUGCGCCGUUCAACGAACUCUGUAUCGAAGGCGGCAGCAUGAUCAUCAUCAUCAUUAUCGUAGUUAUCUGGUGAGGAGGAAGAGGCUGCCCCUGAACGUGUCUGCUGAUAGCUGCGCCGCGCCAGCGACGACGUCGAAUGUUGUUUCUUCCCAUUCAGUGAGCUACUGCUGCCACCGCUGUAUUCCGUGGGCAGCUCCAAGUACUCGUCGGACGAAUCGUUGGCAUCCGCGUCCAAAUCAUCGCCAUUAACCGAACCAGACGGACUGCCGGGUGGACUCAGUGCCUGGAUUAAUUUGCCCUUUGACUCGUUCCACAAGUGAUUGAGACGUUCGCGACCGAAGAGCAACAGAAAUGUGUCAAUGAAUUCACGAGAUUUCUCCUCCCAUUUGGUGAUAAUGUCGCCCUUGACUUUGGUCAACUCGCGCUUGCCACGCGACUUGAGUUCAUCCAUUUUGUUCUGCAGACGAAACUUCUUCUCGGAUAGGAACGACACGUUAAGCUCCUUGGCGGAGUAGCCACGUGCGAGAUUGCGACGCACAUACAGAUCAUAAUCCUUGACAAUGCGCGCCACAAUGUCCGAGGUGGAAACGCCCUCGGUACGCUCGGUGGCCACAAACAUGCCGCGUGCCUUCAGUGGACCAUAGAUAUCAUCCAGACCGUCGUGUCCAUAGGGAAUGUCAUCGUGUGCCACAAAGUCAAUCUUGUUAUCGGCGAUAAACUCAUCCGACAGCGUCCACGGAGCAUUCUGCACAAUCUACAAAGAGAAGAGAAGUAUUAGUAAGGGUCGAAAAAGUUGGAUUGAGUAUAGAAACUAACCUCGUCGACGUAGCGACAGUGACGAACACCUUCGUAACGCUCGAAGCCAUUCAUGACAGUGCGUCCCUUCAUGCGAUGCGUCAGCUCAUCGUUGCAGACGCCGACAAUCAGAUA